AUGUACAAAUAUGCUAUAUUGCAGCUAUUUUGUCUGGCUCUGAUUGGCUUCGCCUGUGCCGAUAAUAUCAACAAGGAUGCCCAGAUCCGUAGCUUCCAGAAUGAGGCAUCCGAUGCUGAGGGUAACUAUCAGUUUGCCUAUGAGACCAGCAAUGGCAUACAGUAUCAGGAGGCUGGCAAUCCCAAUGGAGUACGCGGCGCCUUGGCCUAUGUCUCGCCGGAGGGUGAGCAAAUCUCAUUGAGCUAUACGGCCGAUGAGGAGGGCUAUCAUCCAGUUGGUGAUCAUUUGCCAACACCACCACCAGUUCCCGCUUAUGUGUUGCGUGCUUUGGAAUACAUUCGUUCACAUCCAUCAGCACCGGCCCAGAAGGAUCAGUAAUAGGAUCAAAAGUGCAUCUCCAAUUGGCCACCAAUCGCCCCUCCCCUCCCUUCAGCACCCCAAGUCAUUAUAUUUCUUCGUUUUUUUUUUCUUUUUUUUUAAUUAGUUUGUAUUGAAGGAGACAUACUCACAUCGUUGUAGUCAUACGUAGUUAUCGUUAAUAAAUUGCAGAAAAC